UGUUGACAUGAAGUGUCAUAGAUUGAAUUGAUUUUGCUUAGUGUUCUAAUUUUUAAGGCACUUGAUAUUGUUCUUACAAAAACUAAAUUAACUGUUGCAAUCUAAAAUCAACUUAUUAUGUACCUUAUGUAUUUUGUUGUGGCCACUAAAGCCUAUUUUUUCCAGCAGUUUUCCUAAAAGUUAGUACAUUUGUAAAUUAGUUUUGUAUCUCAAGUCUCACAAUCCCUAUUUAAAAUUUCAAAGUUAAAAGGCCUUACUAUGAAAACUACACUUGAGAAAAUUUAUCGAACUGUGUUUUUGAAACUGUAUAUAACUGGUAAAUUAAAACUUAUUUUUAAAAAUGUAAUUUAGAUUAUGAUUAGGUCAAGAUGUCAUUUAUAAAUUUAGUGAAAUUUCGACAAUUCAGCUGCACAUUCUGUGGCAAAGUUUGCUAUCCAUGUCUCUUAUAAUUAUAUUAAUAAUUUUUUGAAUUAGAAUAAUUUUUUUUUCUGAUUAAAGCUUAGUUAUUACAUGAAUUACAUUAUUACAUGAAAGAUUGAAAAUUUUCAAAUGCCAUAUUUUCAGCCCUUUUGCUUUAUUAGUGAUAUUAUAUUAAAUUCACUUAAUAUACUUGCUGUAAAUUCUUACUUAAUUUUAUAUUUUUCAUCCACAUUAUUAGUUAAUAAAUUUACUGUAAAGUGCGCAAAAGAAUUAACAGAUCACCCUGAAUAACUUUUAACUUCCUGUUCUAGAACUCAAACAUGCUAAUUAAUUUAGGCAGGCAGAGUUAUCAGUUAUGAAAGCAGACACAAAAAACGUACUUUUUCUGAAUAAACAUACUUUUUUCCCCCAACGUUUAUUAAAAGUGUUUUUAAGAAAUUGGUUACAGUAUACAGGGCUGCCACAAGGAGACUUAAAGGCGACUUUUUGCUACUUUUUUUGACACUAGGCGACUUUAGCGACUUUUUUAACUAAAAAGAGGCUAAUAAGCGACUUUUUUUGACAACUGAUACUUUUUUGGAGACUUUUUCUUCUUGCGGUUGCUUUUUUUUCCAAAAUGGAUAAUUUCUUUCCCCCCCCAAUAUUUCUAGCGAUCUCGCCAAUUGCAACAGGUGUUUUCAUGAUCCCUCCAUGCUUCACAUUUUCUGUCUCCGUUCCGCGAAUCCCCCUCCCCUCUUUCUUUACUGCAUUCAUUCAAUAUACAACAUCAUCCAUCAACUCAUCCUGCUUUAGACAGAAAGACGGAAAAUAGCACACCCCUAUUCGAAGUAAUUUGUGAGUGACCUGACCCUUGUAACUGGAGAUUGCUUAGAAGUUUUACAGCUUUUACUAGAUGCAUAUCGAAUUUCGCACGUGCCAGUGUGCCAUCUUUUCCUAGAUUCUUUAUCAUUGUCAGGCUAGCUAACGUAUGGUCAUCUGGAAAAUAUUUUUGCAGAGGAAGCUAAUUCAUUUUAUUUGCAAUGCCAAAAAAAUACAAAGUGCUUUCAGCAUGGUUCCAAAAAACAGAUGAUUUAGGAUAUGUAAUAUCUGCUUGGUGUAAGAAAUUAAACGAUAGAGAAGCAUUUUGCAACGUUUGUGAGAAAAAAAUCGGUUGUGAGGCAAAAGGAUUUGCAGCAAUUACACAGCAUGUGAAGAGAGAGGUCCACAAAGUUAAUGCUUCAACGAAACUUGAUCCUACUCAAUGUAAAUUUAAAGUGAACUCUGAAAAAAUAAGCGAAAGUAUUUUGAGCAAUGAACAGCCUAAUCUUGAACUAGUUUCUGAUCGGGAAGCAAUAACAAAAGCAGAGCUCAUAUGGGCUAUGAAGUCUAUUCAGUGCAAUAUGGCUGCAGGUACAUCUGAUGAUUUGAAAGACAUAUUCAGUGCAAUGUUUCCUGGUUCGAUUGCUGAGACUUUCCAAUUGGGAAGAACAAAGCUGAGUUAUUUGAUAACAGAAGCGCUAGGUCCAUAUUUUAAAAAACAACUUAGCAUUGAUAUCGACAAAUCUUUCUUCACCCUGUUGUUUGAUGAAACUACGAAUAAUGCAGGAAAGAAGGAACUUCAGUUUCAAAUUAUGUAUUGGUCUGAACAAUGUAAAGAAGUUGUGUGCCGACAUUUGCAAACAGUUUUUAUAGGCCAUGCUGCAGCUGAUGACAUUGUGAGGGAAUUGGAGAAUGUCCUCAACAAUGCAAAUUUGCCGCUUAAUAGAUUAUUGAUGUUGGGUUCUGAUGGACCUCGUGUAAAUCAAAAAGUUUGGCGACUAUUAAAUGACAAACUAAUCGAUGAAAGAAAGCAUGGAUUGGUUGACAUUGGUACUUGUAGCAUACAUCUAAUACAUAAUGCCUUUUUAAAAGGAUUAGAGGAAUAUGGAGAUUGUGCCAGUGAGUUAUUGACCGACAUAUAUAAUUUCUUCAAAAAAUUCCCAUCUAGAUGGGAGGACUAUGAAAAAAUUCAAGUAAAAAAAGAUGUUUCACGCUUAAAAUUUCUAAAGCAUGUUUUGAACCGUUGGUUGACUCUUGGACCAGCAACUGAGAGAUUUCUUGAACAGUGGUUGGCAGUAGUUGAAUAUUUUUCUGUAUAUCUACCCGAGAAGGAGAAGAGAAUUACUCAAACUGAAAAAUACAAAAGAAUAAUGAAAGCAAUAAGAAUUGCGGACAUAAAAGCUGAGUUAAAUUUCAUCGUAGAAAGUUCAAAAUUAUAUGGUUCUUUUUUGGAAAAUUUUCAGAAGUCUGAACCGUUAAUACAUGUAUUGGAUACUGAAAUUAAAAUUUUGUUAAAGAAGAUUUCCGGUCGUAUUUGUAAACCUAAUGUAGAAAUAAAUGGAACUAUUGCUAUUGAGAAUUUAAGAAAGGAAACUUCCUUGGAUUGUGAUGAAUUGACAAGAAAAGAAAUCAAUAAGUUGCGUGAAAAUGACAAAUUAGAUGUAUAUCGAAAGAUUCAAAGGCAUUAUAUGUGUUCUUAUAACUAUAUAUGGAAUAAUAUUUCUAAAAGAGACAGUUUGCUGACAGAUUUACGUUGUUUAUCUAUUGGGCGCAUAGCUCUUGAAAAAAGUGUCUCUGCUAUAGGCAAAAUCGCAAGAAGCUUUGCAUUUAUUGAUGUAAAGGAAGUUGAUGUGAAAGAUGAGUGGAGGAUCUUACAAACAGAAAGUGACUUUAGUUCUCUCAGUUGUAAUAUAAGAAUUGAUCAUUUUUGGCGGAAUAUCAUAUAUAAAAGAACAGAUUUGGGGCACUUAAAAUAUCCAUCUUUAAGUAAACUUAUUAAAGUUUGUUUAUCGCUAUCUCAUGGAAACAGUGAGGUAGAGAGAGGAUUUUCAGUGUCCCGUAGAAUUUUAUCUGAAGAUAAAUCUUCAAUGUCAGAGAGAGUUCUGAAUGACCGAUUACUUAUCAGAGAUUCCAUUAAACUUCAUUCUAAGGUUUCGGAAAUACCAAUAACUAAAGAACUUUUAAACUUCGCUUAUGGUGCUCGUAAAUCGUAUCAACUUUAUCUUGAUGAUCAGAAAAAGAAGAAAGAAGAAGAGCUGAGAGUAGAAAGAGAAAAUGAAGAAAAUCUUAAAGAAAAGAAAAAGCAGGAAGAAAAUUUGUUAAAUUUAAAAGGGUCAGUCAAAAAAUUGGAAGAGAAAGCAAAGAUAGUCAACCGAGAACGAAAGGAAAUUGGAAAAUCAGCUGAUGAACUUUUUAAAGAGGCAAAUAAGAGGUUGAAACUGGCAAUUGAUGAUAAAAAUAUUGAGAGCAUUCGGAUAGCACAGGGUAUGAUAGAAGGUAGUCUCAAAUUGAAAGAAAAAGAGAGAGAGUGUGAGCAAGAAGAAAAUAGGCUAAAUAGGGUUGUCAACAAGAGAAAAUCUAAUUUAAUAGAAUCUUUCUUCAAUAAAAAGCCAAAAGCAUAAAUUGUAUAUUAUUUUUUAAAAAUUGUAUUUGUUUUUAAUAAAUAGUCUAGAUAA